AGAGAGGAGAGCUGGGGAAGUGAUAUUUCAGGAAUCUUAAGAGAUCCACAGACGUGUUACUGAGAGGGAGAACCAGAAAAAAAAAAACCCAUCCCGGCACGUGAAGCCUUUGCAAAGAAAGACUGACAGCAGAUGAAGACGAGAAGAAAAAGAAAGGGAGAGAUGUAGCCAGUGCUCCAGUUGCGUGAGCCGCCACGCUGCGAGCCAUGAGUCCCCCACCUGUGGCCAGGAUAUGAGAUGAGAAGGCCGUCAUUGAGCUACAGCCAUUGUGCAGACCCUGUUCAACCACUGCAAUCAAAGUUACACGCAAUAAUACUCUGGGGAUAACAGAGUUCCUGACUACAAAGGGAGAACACACACAUUUCAGUUGUUUAUAUGUGUCUGAGGUGUCUGUGUCUGUACCAUCUAGCCCACCUUUUACAGUUUGCAUACACACCUUGAAACUGUUAAUAACGUGACUUCACACACAUUUCUGGUCCAGAUGAUUCAUCUCACAUCCUCAUAACAAACUCUUCCUCACCUUGCCUGAAUCAACACCUGUAACUUGUGAAGAUUAUGAGGCCGAAUUUGGUGUUUGUACAGACACAGUGUCUCCUGUGUAUAUUUGUUCUUGUACACGUGCCCGGUGUUGUGGGGUCGCUACCUCACACACUGCCAUGGCACGUGUCCUGCCCGUUGAGAUGUGUGUGUCAGAUCAAGCCGUGGUUCUCCCCUGACUCCGUUUAUCAUGAAGCUCCCACUGUGGACUGCAACGACCUGCUGUUGACAAAGCUCCCUUUACCCAUACCCACAAACACACACACCCUUCGUUUGCAGAGUAACCUCCUGUCUGAUCUCAAUGUUGCGGUGCUGCACGGGCUCCCCAACCUCACAGACCUUGACAUUUCCCAAAAUCGCUUCAGCCGUGUCAGGACAAUAACUCAGGGCUCCGUUCUGCCCUCUCUAUUAUCUCUACACCUGGAGGAAAACCAUCUCAGCCGCCUCCCUGAUGCCUCCUUUUCCUCACUGCCAACUUUGCAGGAACUCUUUCUCAGCCACAAUAACUUACAUUCAAUAGCACCCGGAGCCUUCAAUGGCCUGAACUCCCUACUGCGUCUGCAUAUCAACAACAACAAGUUGACCACUGUUGAUCCUCUGUGGUUCAGGGCUUUGCCUCGCUUGGAAGUUCUCAUGCUUGGGGGAAACCCUGUGGAAGCCCUGCCUGAACGUGGCUUCACGGCUCUGAAAUCCCUCCGAAGUCUUGUCCUCGGAGGUAUGGGUCUGAGAAACUUGGCUGAAAAAGCACUGGAAGGGUUGGAUGGUUUGGAGAGCCUGUCCUUUUAUGAUAACCUGCUGACUAAGGUCCCCACUCAGGCCCUGAGAAGAGUGCCAGGACUGAAGUUUCUUGACCUCAACAAAAACCGCAUAAAGCUGAUUGAGACAGGAGACUUCCGAGACAUGAACCACCUGAAGGAGCUUGGCUUGAACAACAUGGAGGAGUUGGUGUCCAUUGAGAGAGCUGCCCUGGAGCAUCUUCCAGAACUCACCAAGCUUGAGAUCACUAACAACCCGCGACUGUCCUACAUUCAUCCACAGGCUUUCCUCCAACUGAAAAGGCUGGAGAGUUUAAUGCUCAACUCCAACUCUCUGAGCGCUCUGCACCAGCACAUCAUGCUCUCCCUGCCCAGUCUUCAGGAGGUGAGCUUACACUCCAACCCCCUGCGAUGUGACUGCCUCUUUCACUGGGCUGCCAUGGAUGCCCCUCACCCUCAGACUGAAAAUACCCAAACAGGCAGGCGAACACCUCGCAUGGUGCGUUUUAUUCAACCCCAGGCCACACUUUGCUCUGAACCCCCAGAGCUGAGGGCUCGCAGGGUGAGAGAGGUGUCCUCCAGGGAGAUGUCAGCAUCAUGCCUCCCCAUGAUCCCUUCCAGUUCCCUCCCUUCCUACGUUGGGGUAAGAGAGGGAGGAAAACUGGUCUUGCACUGCAGAGCUCUUGCAGAUCCACAGCCGGAACUGUACUGGGUGACUCCCUUUGGGCUAAGACUUGGUCCUGCACCAUCCAAAGGUUUACUAGCUCCUGCUCCCUGCCACAGCCUGACAGCAUCUGAGGGACUCAACCACACGUCCACCUCCAGUGUCUCUGCCAGCCAGAUUCCAGAUGACACUUCCUGUAACCCCUCCAAGCACUACCGGCUACUGCCUGAGGGAACUCUGGAGAUGAGCAUGGUCACGUCUGGUGAGGCAGGAUUGUAUACCUGUAUAGCUGAGAAUGCACUGGGAGCAGAUACACGCAGUGUCGCUGUAGGUGUGCAUGGCAGAGACAAGAAAAGAAAGAGGGGGAUGGCUGCUAAUAUGAAGAGAUAUCCAUUAUUCACAGCAGAUGCCAGAUUGGAGGUGAGGGAGGUCGGACAACACUAUGCUAUCCUGUCUUGGCAGAGCAGGCGCAACCUCCCAUCAACACGUCUUUCCUGGCAAGCCAUAUACUCAAACGCACACACACCUACCUACACCACACGCAUCCUGGCUGGUACACAGAGCUUCAACCUGACUCACCUGCAGGCAGAGACAUUUUACAGAGUGUGUCUACAUUUAGGGUACAGUGAGGGCGCCAAGCAUGCCAGCAGGAGAUCAAGAGAGAGCAAAAAGACUCAAUGUGUUUCAUUCAGAACAAAGGAUAUCCCCGAGCCUCAGCCCAGCCUGCAGUUAAGUCCAGAGCUGACCUCCACAGCAGUCACACUACUGCUCCUUGCAGUCAUAUUGCUGCUGCUGGCAACCCAGGGCUGGUACACUGAGCGCAGUGACGGGGCAGGAAAGCACCACAGUGCCCUCCUCCAGGGAAUCAAAAGUCCCAAGGCUCUGAUCAUUAAUCAAAAGACAGAAGGGAGCAACCAACAUCAGCCAAAGCAGAGUGAGAAACUGCUAUUACAUCAGAACUGCUGAGAUAAUUUGUGUACAUUCAGAAGAGGAAUACUGACACACACCCACACACACAUACUCAAAUGUCAAGUCUAAUGUACACUUUAUGAAUCGUAACUAGAAGAGGGGCGUCACAGAUCAGAGCAGCAGGGUACUGUAGAAAGAGAUUUGUAUUUAUUUUAUAUACCAUAUAAAGUAUAUAUUGACAUUGUUUAUGUGUUAAGAUGUAUUGUCAAGAAUGCCUAAACCCUAACCAGGGUGAUAAAACUGGACAAUCAUACUGCAGCAGCACAGCGAGCAAUCACAUGAGAAACAGUUCAAGCUGCCGAUGACCACUGGACUGAAACUAAAGAAAACCUGAUUCAAUCCAGAGACAGAUAUUUACAGAGGUGAGCGGCUCAGACCUCCAGGGUAUUUGUUAUGUUUCCUCUCUACUUGUUCCACAGACUGAGCCAUACAUUCUACAUGCAGAUGAAAAUCUGUCUUGAGACUGAUGCUGAAUGAAAUUCCUGCAUUGUAAAACAACCUUUUUGCUUCGCUUUCAGUACCUUGGACGGGAUUGUCCAUCUUACAGUACAUUAACAGUAUACUCAUCCAGAUUUCCUGCCUAACAUCCUCUUUCAGUAUAAAAGUGAUCUAAAAGUGACUGUGUUAAAUUCUAU